UUCAGGUUGCCUGGUCACAGAGGAAGGCUGUGCUGCUCUGGCCUCAGCUCUGACUUUGAACCCACAUCACCUGAAAGAGCUGGACCUCAGCUUUAAUUAUCCAGGAGUGGCUGGAAUGGAGAGUCUAAAAUAUAUGCUCAAGAAUCCAAAAAUCCAGAUCAAAAUGGACUCUCUCAGCAUGGAGCCUGCAGAAGACAAAUGGAUGACACCAGGUCUGAGGAAGUAUUCCUGUCCACCAACAGUCGACCUUAACACUGUAAACAGAUUCCUCAAACUUUCUGAUAAAAAUAAAAAGGUGACGCGUGUGGAAGAGGAGCAGCCGUAUCCUGAUCAUCCAGACAGAUUUGACCUCUAUCAGCUGCUGUGUACUGAUGGUCUGACUGGUCGCUGUUACUGGGAGGUUGAGUGGAGUGGGAGGGUUGACAUAUCAGUGAGUUACAGGGGAAUAAGAAGACAAGGAGACAAUGACGACUCCUGGUUUGGAUUUAAUGAUCACUCCUGGAGUUUAAUCUGCUCAGAUGAUGGUUACACUGUUUGGCACAAUCAUAGAAAAGCCUUCAUCCCUGUCUCCUCCUCCUCUGUCUCUGCCAGAGUAGCUGUGUAUGUGGACUGUCCUGCUGGGACUCUGUCCUUCUACAGAGUCUCCUCAGACACACUGAUCCACAUCUACACCUUCAACACCAAAUUCACUGAACCUCUUUAUCCUGGAUUUGGAUUUGAGUUCAGGGCUGAUUCUUGGGUGUCCUUAUGUUCACUUUAAGCCUUGGUGGUUAUAGCUGUUCAACUCAAUUAAACUGUCACAACAAAUACAAAACGAAACUGAACUCCUGGUGUUAGCUCUCUUUCAAUGAUAUAGAAUUAGUCCAUUUCUAUAUCAUUGAAAGAAAACAAUGAUUCUGACCUUUUCUUAAAACAAUGAAAACUGACAAAUUAUUUGGUUUAUUGGCAGU